CAGAACGGACGUCUCUCUCUCUCUCUCUCUCUUCCUUCUCUCUCUCUCUCUCUCUCUCCCUCUCUCUCUCUCUCUCUCUCCCUCCCUCUCCCAGUGAAGCCUGCUGCUGGUUCAUCUGUCUGUAGACGUGACCCUGCUGUUAGAAGGGUGAAAGCAGGAUGCACGCUCCAGCACUCAUGGACUAACCGAGAAGCCUGAACCACAGGGCACUGGAGAUGAGAGCUCACACACACGUUCUCUUGUGAAUGGAGCAGGGUGAGGAGUGAGAAUGCGUUUUCUGGCCUCCCGGGUCCACUACAAGACCCUGAUAGUGAUUUGUGCCCUGCUUACUCUCGUCACCGUGGUGCUGUGGAACAGGUGUACCAAUGAGAAGGUGUUUCAUACCCUGCCCCGUGCCCCUUUAGCUCCACCCAGCCCUGGGGUGGCCGGACUUCAACACGAGGCCCAGCCACCUGAGGCUCCGCCAGUUGUUGGAGGUGGAGUCCGAUACGAGGAGAUCGACUGCCUCGUCAACGAUGAAGUCACUAUUAAAGGGAGGCGCGAGGGCUCCGAGGUCUACAUGCCCUUCAGCUGGAUGGAGAAAUACUUUGAGGUGUACGGCAAAGUGGUUCAAUAUGACGGCUAUGACCGCUUCGAGUUCUCACACAGCUAUUCCAAAGUGUACGCACAGAGAGAGACUUACCGUCCCAAUGGAGUCUUCAUGUCCUUCGAAGGGUACAACGUGGAAGUCCGUGACCGAGUGAAGUGCAUUAGUGGCGUGGAAGGAGUGCCUCUGUCAACACAGUGGGGACCUCAGGGUUAUUUCUAUGCCAUCCAGAUAGCGCAGUAUGGUCUAAGUCACUUCAGUAAGAACCUGACAGAGCGAGCACCCCAUGUGGAGGUGUAUGACACGGCGGAGGAGCACAACAGCAAACCGAGCACAUGGAGUGUUCCCAAGGGCUGCACUCUCACCACGAGCUACGACAAGACCCGUGCCUCCACCGUCCGCCUGUUUAACGCUCCAGAGAACUCUGAGGGUAUCUCUUUGUCUCUUGGCAACACAAAGGAUUUCAUCAUCUCUUUUGACCUGAAAUUCGCCUCCAAUGGCACUGUAUCUGUCGUACUGGAAACCACAGAGAAGGGACCUCCAUUUGUGAUCCACUAUGUCACUACCAGUCAGCUCAUUGCCUUUAAAGACCGCUCCAUCACCUAUGGCAUUGGCCCUCGUUCAGCCUGGACCACAGUGACCCGGGACCUCCUCACUGAUCUGCGCAAAGGCAUUGGACUGUCCAAUACUAAGGCUGUCAAAGCCACCAAGACCAUGCCACGGCGGGUGGUCAAAAUGGUUUUGCAUGGUCGAGGUGCCAUUGACAAUGUGUCUAUUUCCACUACGGCCCACAUGGCUGCCUUUUUUGCUGCCAGUGAUUGGCUAGUGAAGAAUCAAGAUGAGCGUGGCGGUUGGCCAAUAAUGGUCACCCGCAAGCUGGGUGAGGGCUUUCGACCCUUAGAGCCUGGCUGGUACUCAGCAAUGGCACAAGGCCAGGCCAUGUCUACCCUUGUAAGGGCAUAUCUGCUCACCAAGGACGAGACAUUCCUGAAAGCAGCACUGCGUGCCACAGGUCCUUAUAAGGUGCCAUCGGAGAAGCAUGGUGUCAAAGCGGUCUUCAUGAACAAGUACGAAUGGUACGAAGAGUAUCCAACCACACCGAGUUCAUUCGUCCUCAAUGGCUUUAUCUACUCUCUAAUCGGGCUCUAUGACCUGGCACAGACAGCGGGUGAAAAGGAUGGACGUGAUGCAGCAAGACUGUAUGCCAAGGGCAUGGAAUCGCUUAAGGCCAUGGUGCCACUAUAUGACACUGGUUCGGGCACCAUUUAUGAUCUACGUCAUUUCAUGCUAGGCACAGCACCCAACCUGGCACGAUGGGACUACCAUACUACGCACAUCAAUCAGUUGCAGCUGUUGGCUUCCAUUGAUGAUUCACCAAUCUUCAGGGACUUCGCCAAGCGCUGGAAAAGCUACAUGAAAGGCGGACGAGCCAAGCACAACUAGAGCUGCAAGCAUUGUCCUGAACUGGAAGCAGACCCACAAGGAGUCAGUCACGUGUGACAUAUGCAAUAAAAAGGCGAGACGGCGAGAGCCCCGAGAGGCUGGACACAGUUUGCAAUGCAAGCACAACGUGCACACACACCCAUUUUAUGCAGGAAAAAAAGGUUUAUAUUAAAAAAACAAAAAGUUCAAUCUUUGUGCUUUAAAUUGCUUUUUAAAGUUGUAAAAUAAAGGCAUUUUUUUUUUUGGU